UUUAUGCAUAAUAUGCAAGUCAAUGAUCCGCCGGCGCAGCCCGCCGUGGAGGCGGUGGAGCCGCCGGAGUGCCCGGUAUGUCUACAGCUAUACGACGCCACCACAGCAAUCCCGCGCGUCCUCAGCUGCGGCCACACAACCUGCGAAGGCUGCCUAAAGCUUCUCCCACGCCCAUUUUCCAACACCAUCCGCUGCACCGUAUGCACCCUCCUCCUCAAAUUACCAAAUUCCCUCUCUUCUCUUCCCAAGAACCUCGACCUCCUGUACUUCUCCUCCAUCCUCCAACGCAGCCGCCCCCUCGAGGAGAAGACGCCAAUUCCUCCCGAUUUCAAAGGCGCAGAAUCGGUUUCAUCUCCCUCUGUUUUGAAGCCGUGGCCUUAUGAUUUCUAUUGCAAAUGGGGGAGAUGGAUACUCCCAAAAGACUGUAUUUUGAUUGGAGGAACGCCUCUGGAUAGUUAUGGUGGGGUUUUGGAUGGAAGGGUUUUGAGGUGUUUUGAGAGUGAUCGUGUGAUGGGGUGUGUUUUGAGAGAGAAUGAUCAUGUGGGUCUGAUUAAAGUUGGGAUUUUUAUGGCAGGUGAGGUUGAUUCUGAGAUAAUCAAGCCAAGCUAUGAGUCGAGAAUUCUGACUGUUUUGUGGGGGAUGAGAGAAGAUGAGAGAGAUAAAUUGGGGGUUAUUUUUAAAGCUUGUUUUAGAGUGAGUAAUGUGGGGAAGGCCUUUGGGUUUUGGUGUAACGAGGAGGAUAAGAGCGUGUACAUUGUUUGCCAGAAGCUUGCUUCGUCUAUAUUUAUUGAUUGUGUUUCCAAGAGAAGGAAGGAUGAAGAGGAGAGGCUUAUUGCUGAUGAAAUUAGUUUUUGGGGAGUGGUUGGUUUGGAGAUAUGUGAGAUUUUGAUGCGCUUGCAUUUGGAGGGGCUAACUGUUGGUUACCUGAGUUUGAAUUAUCUUGGUUUCGAUGAUUUUGGUCGGGUGUGUGUAGAUUUAAGCGAGGUUUUGAAAAGCGGUAGGAGAGUGGGUAAGAAUGUGGAAUUUGGUUUGAAAGAUAUGUUCUUGGAGCAAAACUCUGUGUUUCUUAGUCCUGAGGUGUUGUUGCAGUUAUUUGUGGGGGCGGGGUUUGAGUUGGAUUCGCGAAAUGUGUCUAAAGUCGGUCCUGUUUCAGAUGUUUGGUCACUUGCCUCUUUGCUGGUUUGUGUUCUUGUUGGAAGUUCUUUUGAGAAAGAAAUGGAGUCUUUCUUGCAUUCUGUGGUUAAUGCUGUUAAAGACGAAAAGGUUUGUGAUUUUGAUGGUUUGUACCUAGCCUGGAUGGGGAAAGUUUCUGCGUUAUUGAAGAGCAGACUGGGAUCGGAUUUUGCUUCGUUGCAGGAUGUUUUGUGCAGAUGUCUGGGGUUAGAACCUGGUCAUCGGCCUCUUGCAACUGAGCUAUGGAAAUGCUUGAGGGGGUUGGUUAUUAAACCUCAGUGUGAUAUUGGAUUCACCUUGAAAAAUGAGCACAAGAAUCAAGAAUCGGGUGGUUAUAUAGUACUAGGUGAUGUAGGCCUCAUGGUUGAUGAAAAGGACCAUGGUUCGAAGGGAGAAGAAGAGGCUGAGAGAGAUGAUGCGAGAUUGAAGGUUGAAGGAGAUGUAGUUGAUGGCAUCACUCGUGGUGAUUUCAAAUGUCUAGAGAUGAAAGGUCAUCUUGGUUUCAUCACAGGAUUAGCUAUCGGAGGGGGCUUCCUCUUCAGCUCCUCGUACGAUAAGAUAGUCAGUGUAUGGUCUCUGGAGGACUUCACUCAUGUUCACUCGUUUAAAGGUCAUGAACAUAAAGUUAUGUCUGUUAUUUUUGUGGAUGGUGAACAACAAUUGUGCAUCAGUGGUGAUAACGAAGGUGUUAUAUGCAUCUGGGGUGCUACUUUUCCCUUUUCCGAAGUGCCAAUGAAUAAGUUGCACGAGAAUAAGGAUUGGCGCUAUAGUGGCAUUCAUGCAAUGGCAAAUUCUGGCACUGACUAUCUCUACACCGGAAGUGGAGACAGAUUAGUAAAAGCAUGGUCGCUGCAGGAUCAUAGCUUUGUUUGUGCUAUGAGCGGUCACAAGUCAGUAGUCUCAUCACUUAUCGUUUGCAGCGGCAUUCUAUACAGUGGAAGCUGGGAUGGGACUGUUCGAUUAUGGUCUCUUGGUGAUCACAGUCCUCUAACGGUAUUAGGUGAAGAUAAACUUGGAAACGUAGUACCAGUGUCGUCUCUUUCUGCUGGUCACAAUUUUCUGUUUGUUGGUCAUGACAACGGUAACAUAGAGAUAUGGCAUGAUGAUGUCCUUGUGAAGUCGACACGUAGUCACGAAGGUUCUGUGUUCUCAGUCGCAACAAACGGGGGAUGUCUAUUUAGCGGGGGCUGGGACAAGAAAAUCAAUGUGCAGCAAGUGUCCGAAGCUGGGGACGGGGUGGACGUCGUGCCUCUAGGGGCUAUCACUUGCAACUCCCCGAUAACGUUUCUGUUGUAUCGGCAUGGGAAGCUAUUCGUUGGCCAAGCCGAUAGAAUUAUAAAGGUCUACUAUGGAGUGUAGCAAGGGCUUGGCCGAUCGUCUUUGUUCAUCGAUCUCGUGGUUUCUAUACAUCGGUAUUUAAACUAGUAUUAUUAGUCUGAUUAACUGUAGAUAAUAUUUAUUCUUUAGUUAUUGGGAUGAACUAUUAGACUUUUAAUCAAAUUUAGGCUUCUCUAUAGUCUAUAUUAUUGGCCCGUUAUAUUUUUUUUGUUUGUGUUGUAGCUCUCACUGAUUUAUAUUAUCACCAUUUUAGAUCACUUAAAUUCAUUUAUUUUUUACUAAA